GCUAAAGAGUGCGGCGGCUGUUUGUGCGGGCGCCGGUCGGAAAAAUGCUGAACGUCCCCGCUCAGUCUUUUCCUGCCCCCGAUUCACAGCAGCGGGUGGCCGUGGCGGGGCGUAGCAAGGUACCUUUAAAACCAGGCCGAAGCCUUAUGGACUGGAUUCGGUUAACUAAGAGUGGGAAAGAUCUUGCUGGUCUAAAAGGACGAUUAUUAGAAGUAACGGAAGAAGUGCUAGCCAAACAUAAUAAGAAGGAUGACUGCUGGAUAUGCAUAAGAGGUCUCGUAUAUAAUGUCACACCAUAUAUGGAGUAUCAUCCUGGUGGUGAGGAUGAGUUAAUGAAAGCAGCAGGGACGGAUGGCACAGACCUCUUUGAUCAGGUUCAUCGUUGGGUCAAUUAUGAAUCUAUGCUGAAAGAAUGUCUGGUUGGAAGAAUGGCACUUAAACCUAUUGCAGCUAUGAAAGAGACUUGCCACACUAUAGCUGAAGAAAAGGAAGUGUUAAAUGGCAUGUUUUCUAAACCUAAAGGCUUGGAUAACAGUUCCAAAGAGCUAAUUCCCAGUUAUGAUUGGUUCCAGACAGAUGGUACAGUCACUGUUGUCAUAUACACAAAACAAAAGGAAAUGAGCUCUGAGUCAGUGAUAGCUGAUCUUCAAGAAGGUAGACUGCGAGGAGAGAUCAUUGUGAAUGACUACUCAUAUCUUCUGCAUAUUGAGCUGAGUUAUGCAGUUCAUGAGGACAUUAUAGUACAGGUCUCGGAAAAAGUGGGAAAGGUGGAGUUGCUCUUGAAGAAGAAAGAGACUCUCUCUUGGAAAGGACUUGGGCAACCACUGCAGAGUCAUAAUACUUUUGACAAAUGUGCUGACAGAGGCUUAUUCUACAGAAAAUGUAAAUUGAUAUCAAAGUCCAGCGUCAGUCAUGACACAAGACUCUUGUGUCUAAUGUUACCACCCGGAACUCAUCUCCAGGUUCCAGUUGGGUGCCACCUUUACCUCAAACAAACCAUUACAGGCACAGAGAUAGUGAAACCAUACACACCUGUGACAUCUUCCUUGGUAUCAAAAUUCAAAGACCUUACUGACAAUGAUAAGAGGCAUAUAUUUUUCAUGAUCAAAAUUUACCCCAGUGGACUAUUUACACCAGCGCUUGACUGCAUAUGCAUGGGGGACUACAUUUCUGUGAGUAAUCCUGAAGGUAACUUCAAAAAACCUAAAGCUGAAGAUGUAGAAGACCUAUUUUUACUAGCAGCAGGCACAGGAUUGACACCAAUGGUUAAACUGCUAAACUAUAGUUUGACAAGUAGCAGUAGUCUCAGGACAGCAAAGCUGAUGUUUUUCAACAAGACUGAAGAUGACAUACUUUGGAGAAAUCAGUUGGAACAGUUAGCCCUUAAUGAUACAAGAUUUAAUGUUCAGUUUGUUCUCUCUGAGCCAAAUGCAGGCUGGACAGGGAAGCAAGGGAAAAUUUCUUUACCUCUUGUCUCUCAGUUUGUGAAAAGAAGUAAAGAUGAUUCUAAGAUGCUUGUUUAUAUUUGUGGUCCAUUACCUUUCAUGGAACAAGGAAUACAGAUUUUGCAAGACCUCGGAACCUCCUCUAAAGAGAUACAUUGUUUUAGAGCCUAAAAAGCCAACAAGAGGACCUCAGUUUACAUAUUUCACUUUCUUCAUAUUUAUAUAUUUUUAUUUGUUUGAAUCCUUGGGGAGGAAAUGUAAUGCAUGAACCUCUUAUUUCUUUUCAAUGUGAUUACUUGAACUCUGUCAUAUUGGGGGAACUACUUUAUAUUCUGCUUGUUUGAAAUUAUAUUUAUUUUUGCUACUGUGUAAAACUUAACAAGACUAGACUAGGGGAAAAUAAAUAAGUGUAACUAUGGUGUGUCCUGAGCAAUAGGGACACUGUCCUUGUCACGUAGCAGCUCUUUGCACUGAUUACGUUUAGCUAUAUAGGUGCCAGAGACUCUUUAUCAGAAUCUCAUUAUUGCAAAAUGUCUUGUUAGCAAUAGAGUGUGAAUUUUAUACAUUGCACUGUUAACUCAGGAAAACUGUUUGGUUCCAGUACAGUCUUACUGAUAUCAAAAAGCUGUAGUAUUCUACAUUAGUGUUUUGUCUCUGUAGAUGAUACUCAGAAUAUCCAUUUUGUAUGAUAAAUUACUUUUUGUAUAAGAGAAAUAAAAACAAGAGAACAUUGCAUUAAAGUCAAAUAUAUUUUUAUUAUUCCUUAA